GUGUUAGCAAACCGAAAGCAUAAGGUAGACGAAUGGCCCGAGCGCACCUGUUGAUUCUACAUGUGACUUUGUUGUUUUGAGGUGUGUUAAAGUUUAUUCUCAGAGGCUGAUGUUUAAGCUGUGUGGCUUGGAAUGGUUCUGAGGGCUGUACCAGGUUAUCCUAUCUUCUGCUGCUAGAUGGUGCACUAAUGUGACAGCAAACUCGCCAACUCACCUGUAUAUAUGUACCAUGUAUGGGCCCCCGGGUUUCCAAGACCACAGCACGGCACCAUUAUCCAAUUGGGAUGCCAGAAGCUACAUGAACCAAUCCGUGCAGCCUGACCAAAUGGAACUCCAUGUGAAUCCAGCUGCUAACAACGAAAACACUGAAGGAGAAAACGGUCGAACAUGGGCAACACAGAGGGAGAGAGGCACUGCAGAACUUAUCAAGGAGCUGCCAAGUCACCGUCCAGAGGAGCUUGCCAGCAAAGCCGGUGCAGACAACCAUCUAAGAGAUCGUAAGUCAAGACGCAGUAAGUAUGCGACCUUGUCCCACAUUCCCAAAGACUUGGAUGUGGAGGACAUACUGACAGCGAUGGCUAAUGAAGCAGGGGAUUCAGAUGCAGACUUGGAGGACGAUGUUCAACUGAAUACUGUACUACGGGAGACAACUGCUGCCACGCUCAGUUACAAGAAACAGCUUCGCCGGAAAAUGACAUCCAAGCGAAAAGCGCGCCAUGUCAGCUGGUGGAAACAUCAGAAAUACAGUAUUUCUUUGAGGUGGAUACACUUCAGAUAUAAGAUGGCGGAGGUCACGUAUUAUUUGAAACUGUGGAAAGGCCACAUGAAAAAGAUUGAAGGACAUUUUGGAACUGGAGUUGUGUCGUACUUCCGUUUCCUCAAGUGGUUGUUCUUGCUGAACAUUCCAGUGUUCUUUGUCACGCUAGCAUUUGUCAUCAUUCCUCAGGCGUUGUUUCGCUAUAGGCUGCAAGAACCUCCUGGUUAUGUCAACAACACCAUCUUUUUUGGAACAGACAUUCUAACUGGUGGGGGCUGGUUUCAAGCGACUGAGAUGUACUAUGGCUAUUACAUAAAUCAGAACAUCACCUUAGUGGAGGGUCACCGCUACAACAUGCCUUAUGCUUACCUGUUGACCUGUGGAGCUUAUUACCUGCUGUGUCUUAUAAUCCUGGCUUACAGCAUGUCCAAGUCGUACAGGGAGAAUUACAUAGAUGGCAGUGGAGAGCUAGGACUGUACAUGGCCACCAAGGUAUUUGGAGGAUGGGACUGCGGGAUUACCUCCCUUGAUGCUGCUGAGCUCAAGCACCGAAGUCUCUUCAAUGAGUUUCAGGAGUACCUGUCAGGGUUUGCCCCCAGUCAGGUGAGAUCACUGUCAGACCGCUUCAAGUGGUUUUUUCUUCGCCUUCUGUCUAACCUAAUUGUGCUGGGUUUGAUCGCUGGAGCCGCUUACCUGGUGUAUUACCUGUCUCAAUCAGAACAGCUUGAGAAUGACAUUCCAUUCCUCAGUGACAUGGCACUGCCACUGACCAUAUCUGCCAUGUUAGUCAUCAUUCCAUUUGCCUUCUCUGUGAUUGGGAACCUGGAGCGGUAUGUUGUGCCCAAGACUGAGCUCUAUUUCACGAUGGUCAGGACGAUGUUACUUAAGGCUGUUAUAUUGGGUGUGCUGGUAUAUUUCUGGUUCAACCAGUUGCCCUGUCACAAGCCCAUAGGGAAUGAAACUAUCCGUAGCCUUACUGAGAUGGAGAAGGGUACAUGCGAACCUUGCUGGGAGACUGCCAUGGGAGAGCGCAUUUAUAGACUGGUGCUGGUGGAUUUUGUUUUUGUCCUGGGCUUUACUUUCCUGGUAGAAUUUGUCAGAAGACUAAUGGCCCAGUAUUGCUGUAAGAGACUGGCAUAUCCUGAAUUUAACAUUGGAAGAAACACACUGAAUCUGAUCUACUCUCAGACUCUCUGCUGGCUGGGCACUUUUUAUUGUCCCUUUCUCUCCUUGAUCACCAUCGUCAAACUGUUCAUCAUGUUUUAUGUGAAGAGGGUGAGUGUGAUGCAGAAUUGUCGUCCCUCGCUGAAACCUUGGAGAGCUUCCAGAACUCACACCAUCUUCCUCGGCUUCCUCUUCUGCUUCUUUCUUCUAGCAGCUAUAUCUGUGGCCUGCAGUAUUAUUUUCAUAGAACCAAGUGAAGACUGUGGGCCAUACCGCGGAAAGUCGAAGGCAUAUGAUGUAAUCAUUGAACUGAUUGACUACUGGGAGACGAAGGAAAGAAUAAUCGCAGAUAUUAUAGACUUCAUUACCUCCCCUGGAUUUGUGGCCGGUAUCAUCGUUGUUCUCUGUGUGGGGACAUACUAUCUGCAUAUCAUAAUGAUUGGCCAUAAGGAGAUGGUGGCACUCUUAAAACAUCAGCUAGUUUUGGAAGGGAAGGAUAAGACAUACUUAUUAGACAUGCUACAGAUGAUAAACAGACAGAUCAAGACUGAGGGAACACUAGUGGGCACAUCACCCAGACGUUCUCAGCAUGGCCCAGAGCAAGGAACAUCCUGGCAAGGCGCUCCCCGGGGGCAAUAGGUGACAGGCACAGGUUUAUCAAGACUAAGAUGGCUGCCUGGGGACCAGACACACGAUACUGACACGUUUGAGAACAGAAGAGGGCGUGGUCAUCGUCUGUACUAAUGUUGCAAAUGGUUUUAUCCUACGCUUUGGUACUAACUCAGCUGUUUUGUUUUAAUUGAAUCUUUGUUAAUUAAUGCUGGGGUUAAUAUCAUUGGGGAAAAAUGUGUCCAGGGUGCUGGUACACUUAGCCUGAUUCAUGAUGUUUUAAGGUGUUGAUUGGGAAUUAGAGUUGUGUAGAAAUGUUAUCCCCCCUCUCUUAUACAUGUGUUAACAGGCUUAUUCAGUUCCUAAGGUUUUUAGUUAAAGUCCCCAUUGUAAAGAUGCAAUAAUGUCCUACUGGUUGGACGAAUCAAAGUAUGUAUGACAUACACACGUAACUGUAACACUUCUGUUAUGUAAUGUGGUUUUUAAUGCGGCUGGUAGUAGCGGGUUGCUUUAGAAUUAUUCAGAAUUAAUGAAGGUGUUUACAUUCAUUUACAUAAACUUUUACCAUAGAAAGUUACAUGCCUCAGAUCUCUUCAUGGGGCUCAUAUUACAGGCAUCUUUGCUUGAAAAUUAUUGUAGGUAUGGAAGUGAUUUUUUCAUUUUCGCCUUAAUUUUUUGUUGUUUCUUGUUUUAUUCAAAAUUUAUCAGCUCCUGCUAGAGUACAUGUACAUGUGCAGUGCACUACAUGUGUAUUGUGUUUGUGUAAAGUUUAAGCAGAGAGUUAAAAGCAGAGGUUAUGAAAAAUGACUCAGAAAGUGAUAUAUAAAGUUAAAGGAGAUGUUUAACUUACACAUUUGUUGAAAUGUAUGCUUUAAGUAAAUAUAACAUAUUUUAUAACUGCUUGUUAAGUAUAACAGACUUCAGAAUCAUGAAGCGAUCAUAGGUCAACAUUUGAAUCUUAAUAUUUUCCUUUCUGUUAUAUUAGCUGAAUUUUGUUUUUGUAAUUACUUACCCAGAAUACACGUUGUCAAGCAAUAUUUUGACCUUAUUACAUAACAAGUAACAGUUUUGAAGUGCUGUGAAACUCUGACUGAAGUCUUAGAUUGCUUCAUGAUCCUGGGGCCACGGGAUCAGAUUUACAUGGAGGAACGUGGGGCAAACCCCAGGUUGUGGUGUUGCAUAUUGGAACAGACAUAGUGUGACCAAAGUAAAGGUUGCUUUUUGAUGCUAUUACACACUAGUGUAUAUAAACAUUAUAUAAGAACUCGGGUACUAGAUGUGAGUUCAUGUAUCCUGACAAUUACAGUUCAUUGUUCAUUGUUUUGUAGAACAUUGGGACUGGAAGCAUACAUUUUAUUUAAUCCAGGUCAGCAUUUCUGGCAAAGAGUAUUUUUUUGACAUGAUUAUAUUCACUGUUACUGGUAUAAUUUAUACCUAAUA